ACUGUGUGUGUGUGCGAAUAUAUGUGGAUUACCCCACACACCGGGUGAACAUGAACUACGCAGUGACGUCAUGAGAGCGUCAGCUAAUGAUUGGUCAAUUCACAGCUGUUGUGAUCAUGUGAUGCAGAAAGAUGGCUGCCAGAGAAAGAAGCGAAGAUAGUCUGGACCACAUCCUGGAGCCGUUGUGUUUACCGGAGCCAGCAGCAGAUGCAUGUUCUGAUGCUCCAAGUCCACAUUGUCCACAGUCGCUGGCAUGUCUCUUCUGCUCAGAAUCGCUUCCUGGGACGCAGAAGGACGGCCUUCUCAAACACCUGGUGCUGGAGCACAAGUUGGUCAUUGCCGAUGUGAAACUCAUCGCCGACCUCCCAAAGUACCUGCUGUACUGGAAAGGUAGAUUUUUGGAGCAGCCCAUCACUGAUUUCUGCAGCGUGAUAAAGACCAACUCCACCGGGCCCAUUGAACAACAGGAGCACUACUUCCUGCUGUGUGACGUCCUUCCGGAAGACCGAAACCUGCGAGAGAAGCUGCAGCAGAAACGACUGGUGGAGGUCCUGGAGCAGCAGCAGAAGGAGCGAGAAGACUGCAGCUUCCGUCGCGUCUGCAUGUUCUGCAAUGACGAGUUCACCGGAAACAGGUCGUCGCUGCUCAACCACAUGGCCAGAGAACACGCCUUCAGCAUCGGGCUGCCCGACAACAUCGUGUACUGCGACGAGCUGCUGGACACAUUGCAGAGCAAAGUGGACAACCUGCAGUGUUUGUACUGUGAGAAAACCUUCCGAGACAAAGUCACGCUGAAGGACCACAUGAGGAAAAAAGCUCAUCGCCGCAUCAACUGCAACAACCAGCAGUAUGACCGUUUCUAUGUCAUCAACUAUCUGGAACUCGGGAAGACCUGGGAGCAAGUGCAGAGCGAGGACGACCGUGAGCUCGUGGAUGACGAAGACGACGACUGGUCCGACUGGCGGUCUCAUCCGGUCUCGGUUGUGUGUUUGUUCUGCGCCCAUCAGUCAGAGACCAUGCAGCAGAUAUGCGCCCACAUGAAGGAAGUACACAGCUUUGAUCUCCAUCAGCUGAGGACUCAGCUCAACCUCGGGUUCUACCAGCAGGUCAAACUAGUCAACUUCAUCCGCCGGCAGAUCCACCAGAACCGCUGCUACGCCUGUCAGGGCAAGUUCCAGUCCAGAGGCGACGUGUUGCGCCACAUCGUGGACGAAGGUCACGUGAUGGAUCUGCCGCCCGUGUCGGCGUGGAACCAACCACAGUACUACUUCCCCACCUACGAGAACGACGCCCUCCUGUGCACGUUAUGCGACAGCGACGGCGAUCAAAGUGAAGAAAACAAUCAGGACGACGGCGUUCCUGUCAUCGCUGAGGACGACUUGGAGCUGAGGCGUGCGAAGGAGAAGAGCGUCCUCAGUCAGCUGCUCAAGAACACGACUACGUCACACUAGAUCAGAGGUGUCUGACAAUCUGAUUGCUGCAAAUUCGACGCCAUCUUAUGGACAAUGAAUGUGAGUAAAUCAGCUCAAUGACCAUGAAUUGUGGUUUGAAGUGUACAUAGCACACAGCAUUUACUUCUAUGACCCAACCUCAUAAUAUUGUUAGAAAAUUGCCUAUGCAAAAGUGUCUCUUAACUAAAUAUUCAGACACAGUGUGGCUGUUCAAAUCGUGUGUAAGGAUACAGUGGCCAAAAUAUUAAAUAUACUUGUUAAAUAAAA